GUCAAGGCCACGUAAUAUGCCGUGAAAGCCGUGUGCAGUUGGACUAAAUGGCCGUGAAGAGCAAAUAUGCGAAUGUAUCUAUUCAAGAAAACCUUUCAUGGUCGGAUUUUGUUUUCAAAAACGUCGAGGAAUAUGGAAACACCACAGCGAUUGUAAGUUUGUAAAGCUUAAUAUGUAUUCAUAAACUGUAAUCCUUGAAAAUAUUGCAACAGUUCCGCUUCAUGAGUUGAAAGAAACUUCUAAGUUAGUUGUGCUUUACAUGAAAACCGGACGAAUGAACCAAAGUGCGAUAUAUCUUUAGUCAACUUUAAUAUUUCAAGUGGUAUUUUCGAGUUUGGAGCUGUGGAAGUUGAAUGAGUAGACAUAGCAGACACAAGGCCUAAUCGGAUACAUCAAACUGGUAUACCGCGCAACUUCUAGAACUUCAAUUUGGUUCAGGAUAACCUACUACCUAUGUUUUUGUAGUUUAUACAUUAUAUCUUGGUUACUAAAAGAAAGUUGGAAGACCGAACUGAGCAUUAUGACAAGUAGAAGAAAAAUAGCCCCGCCAGGUCGGGUUAAGGCAACAAACUAAGAUUGCAUGCAAUCAGUGCUUCCUUUUUCAAGAUCAAGCAACUGGAACGGAGAUGCCGAUAUUCUAAUUAGCAUUGUUCUCGUUAGAAUUGAUUAUCAAUGGAUAAGGUCGACGCUUAAGAAACCAGGAGCGCUUUCCAUUUGUAUGGAAAACCCGGUAAUUUUGGGGAUAUUUCAAUUGGAACGGUUCAUCCGGGUGGAAAUUUUCCGGAAAAAAAGUAAUACCCUUCGAGGUAUUACCUUUUCCCGUUUUUACCGAAAUGACCGAAAUUCUUUAUACCAUUUGUCUGAUUAACCAUUGCCAGGCUUCCUCUUGAGGCGGAAAGUGAUUUGUUUUAACCCAGGCACACUCGUUAUCUGAUGUUUUGCAAAUGAUUCAAUUCUAACCCCUUUCCCCUUUUCGGAAACUUUUUCAAGUCCAGUGCCAUUUGUCAGAAAUUUUUUACCGAAAUUUGCUAACAAAUGAUAAGCGCUCUAGGUGUUCUGAAAAAUAAUUCUAUCUUAUAUUAAAGGCAUGGAUUGAAUUUUGUCUGCUCAAAAUGUUGAAUACAUUCGACUCUUUCUUAACGGACACCUUUAAGACGUGACUGACACCAUGUAUUCCAUUUAUUUGACCCUCUGUAUGACGGACAUUACUCUUAGACGGACACUUGAUGCAGGUCCCAAAGGUGUCCCUCCAAGAGGGAUUUACUGUAUGAGUAAAAGGAAAAAUUAUCCACUCAUGGUUUUCAUAGAAUCACUUCAAUACAUUUGUCAUGUUCAUGUUCAUAUCUUUGUUCUUUGUCAUAUUGUUCAUCGUGGAUAAUGUGUAUAAAGGGUUUCGUUUAUCGUUUGUCUCUCGAUUGUCACUUUUAAAUGCCUUUGUUUGGAAAAUACAGUAAAUUCUGUCUUAGAUGGACACCUUUGGUAGCGGCACAAAGCGUCCGUCUAAGAGUAAUGUCCGUCUUAUAGACGGUCAAAUAAAUUGAGUACAGAAAGGCAAGGACCAAGUCUAGGUGUUUAUUUUACCGAAGUGUCAGUUUUGUAGAGGUGUCUGGUAAGAGAAGGUCGAAUGUAGUCGUAGUCUAUAAAUAUAUUAUCCGAUAAUGUGGUUGUAUUCUUUGUUCUUCAAAGGUGUGCGGAUCCACAAAAAUCUCCUACACUUUUUCUCAAGUAAGAGAUCUAAGUAGGAAGUUUGGCUCGGCUCUAAGCAAUAGGGGGAUAAUCAAAGGUGAUGUGGUGGCGAUCUUGGCUCCGAAUGUUCCCGAGUUUGCCAUUAUAUUCCUUGGUGUGCUUCAAAUUGGUGGAGUUGUGACAGGUGUCAAUCCACAUUUCACGUGUCAAGAAUUGACCAAUCAGCUUAAGGAGUCCAAUGCAAGGUGCAUUGUUGCUAGUCACCAGCUGGCACACCGAGCCAAGGAGUCAUCACGUGUUCUGAAAAUAGAUCACGUAUUUAUUAUCGGCGAUGAUGACGAAUGUGAGUUGGUCUCAGACCUUCUCAAAGAAGACGACUCUCACUUGCCACUUGUGACUUUCAACCCGAGAGAAGACUUAGCCAUUCUUCCGUUUUCCAUUGGUAUCAGUGGCCUACCCAAGGCUGUCAUGAUAACUCAUUACAAUUUAGUCUCGUUUGGUUCCUUGGUGAGCGCUGAAGAAUUCUUGGAUUUUAGAGAAAAUUCAAGGGUCUUCACAACCGCACCUUUCUACCAAGCCUUUGGUUCAAUAGCUGUGUUGUCUCUUUGCCUGUUCCGUGGAGCCACCCUAAUCUCCGUGCCAAGAUUUGAAUACAGCAAAGUUUUCCAUCUCUUGCAAGACCAUAAGGUGAGAAGUAGUUUUGCAAAUCGAAUGCGUACAUAGGUAGAUGGACUUUCGACUACACCGCACUCUUACAUUGCACUAAAAGAUAGCAAUCGUUAUCUGAAAAAAUAAACAGUAUAAGCUGUUCUUGCCACCACUCUCUUAAGCGACAAGCUCAAGGUGCGACCAGAAUUCCAAUGUUUUGAAAAUGGCACAAGUUUAGAAUUCCAAUGUUUGGAAAAAGGCGUAAUUUACAAUUCAAAUGUUUGAAAAAAGGCGAAAUUUAGAAUUCCAAUGUUUGGAAAGAGCAAAAAUUUAGAAUUCCAACGUUUGGAGAAGCUAAAUUUAGAAUUCCAAUGUUUGGAAAAGCUAAAAUUUAGAAUUCCAAUGUUUAAAAAGCUAAACUUUAAGAAUUCCAAUGUUUGGAAAAAGCCAAAAUUUAGAAUUCCAAUGUUUGGAAAAGCUAAAAUUUCGAAUUCCAAUGUUUAAAAAGCUAAACUUUUAGAAUCCCAGUGUUUGGAAAAAGUCAAAAUUUAGAAUUUCAAUGUUUGGAAAAGCUAAAAUUUAGAAUUCCAAUGUUUGGAAAAGCUAAAAUUAAGAAUUCCAAUGUUUCCAAAAAGGGGAAAUUUAGAAUUCCGAUCUUUGAAAACAGGCGAAAUUUAACAUUCCAGUGUUUAGAAAAAGCAAACAUUUAGAAUUCGAAUCUUUCGAAAAAGGCGAAAUUUAGAAUUUCAGUGUCUGGAAAAGGCAAAAUUUGGAAUUCCAAUAAUUGGAAAAAGCCAAAAUUUUGAAUUCGAAUGUGUGGAAAUACCAAAAUGUAGAAUAGAGAUGUUUGGAAAUUGCCGAAAUUUACAAUUCCAAUGUUUCGAAAAAGCCAAAAUUUAGAAUUCCAAUGUUUGGAAAAAGCCAAAAUGUAGAAUUGUAAUCUUUGAAAAACGCCAAAAUGUAAAAUUGCAAAGUUUAGAAAGGCAAAAUUUGGGAUUCCCAUGUUUGGAAAAAGCGAAAAUUUAGAUUUGCAAUGUUUGGAGAAGCCAAAAUUAUAGAAUUCAGAUAUUUGGAAAAGUCAAAAUGUAGAAUUCCAAUGUUUGAAAAAACCCAAAUUUUGAAUACCAAUGUUUGGAAAAAGUCAAGAUUUACGAUUCCAAUAUUUGGAAAAAGACAAAAUUUAAAAUUCCAUUGUUUGGAAAAGCCAAAGUUUAUAGUCCUCAUGUUUCGAAAAGGCAAAAUUUGGGAUUCCGAUGUUUGGAAAAAGCCAAAAUUUAGAAUUUCAAUGUUUGGAAAAAGUCAAAAUUUAUGUUUCCAAUAUUUGGAAAAAGCAAAAAUUUAAAAUUCCAGUGUUUGGAAAAGCCCAAGUUUAGAAUUGUAAUGUUUCGAAAAGGCAAAAUUUGGGAUUCCGAUGUUUGGAAAAGCCAAAAUUUAGAAUACCAAUGUUUGGAAAAAGUCGAAAUUUACGAUUCCAAAAUUUAGAAGAAACCAUAAUUUACAAUUCCAGUGUUUGGAAAAGCCAAAGUUUACAAUUCCAAUCUUUGGAAAAGGCAAAAUUUCGGAUUCCGAUGUUUGGAAAAUGCCAAAAUUUAUAGUUCCAAUGUUUGGAAAAGCCAAAGUUUAAAAUUCCAGUGAUUGGAAAAGGCAAAAUUUAGAAUUUCAAUGUUUGGAAAAAGCCGAAAUUUAGAAUUCCAGUGUUUCGAAAAGCCAAAGUUUGGAAUUCCAAUGUAUAUAAAGAGCAAAAUUUAGAAUUUCAAAGUUUAAAAAUUGCCAAAAUUUAAAAUUGCAUUGUUUGGAAAAGCUAAAAUUUAGAAUUCUAGUGUUUGAAAAAGCCAAAGUUUGAUAUUCUAGUCUUUGGAAAAAGCAAAAUUUAGAAUUCCAUUGUUUGAAAAAAGCCAAAAUUUAGAAUUCCAAUGUUUGGAAAAGCCAAAGUUUAGAACUCCCAUGUUUUUUAAAAGCAAAAUUUAGAAUUGUAGUGUUUGAAAAGGGCAAAAAUUUAAAAUUAAAAUGUUUGGAAAAGCUAAAAUUUAGAAUUGCAAUAUUUGGAAUAAGUUAAUAUUUAGAAUUCCAAUGUUUGGAAAAAGCGAAAAUUUAGGGUUAAGGUUAUUCCAAUAUUUGAAAAAAGCGAAAAUUUAGAAUUCCAAUCGUUAAAAAAAGCGGAAAUUUAGGAUUCCAACGUUUGGAAAAAGCCGAAAUUUAGAAUUCCAAUGUUUGGAAAAGCCAAAGUUUUGAAUUCCAAUGUUUGGAAAAGACAAAAUUUAGAAUUCCAUUGUUUGGAAAAAGCCGAAAUUUAGAAUUCCAAUUUUUGAAAAAGCCUAAGUUUAGAAUCCUAACGUUCAUAAAAGGCAAAAUUUAAAAUUCCAAUGUCUGGAAAAAGCCAAAAUUUGCAAUUCAAGUGUUUGGAAAAGGGCAAAAUUUAAAAUUGGUAUGUUUCGAAAAGACAAAAUUUAGAAUUCCAAUGUUUGGAAAUAGUUAAUAUUCGGCAUUCCAAUCUUUAGAAAAAAAAUUUAGAAUUCCAAUGUUUGGAAAAGCCAAAGUUUAGAAUUCCGAUGUUAGGAAAAAGCCAACAUUUAGAACUCCAAAGUUUGGAAAAAGUCAAAGUUUAAAAUUCCAUUGUUUCGGAAAGCCAAAAUUUAGAAUUCCAAUGUUUGAAAAAAGCCAAAAUUUAGAAUUCCAAUGUUUGGAAAAAGCCAAAGGUUAGAAUUUCAAUGUUUCGAAAAGCCAAAGUUUAGAAUUCCAAUGUUGGGAAAAGGCAAAAUUUAGAAUUCCAAUGUUUGAAAAGAGCCGAAAUUUAGAAUUCCAAUGUUUGGAGAAGCCAAAAUUUGGAAUUCAGGUGUUUGGAUAAGUUAAAAUUUAGAAUUUCAGUGUUUAGAAAAAUUAAAAUCUAGAAAUCCAAUGUUUGGAAAAAAAGCCAAAAUUUAGAAUUCCAAUAAUUGGAAAAAGCAAAAUUUUAGAAUUCCAAUGUUUGGAAAAGUUAAAAUUUUAAAGUCCAAUGUUUGGAAAAAGGCCAAAUUUAGAAUCCCAAUUUUAAGUUAAAGCCAGAAGUUAUAAUUUUAAUGUUGGGAAAAGCCAAAGUUUAGAUUUCCAGUGUUUUGGAAAGGGAAAAUUUAGAAUUCCAAUGUUUGGAAAAAGUUAAUAUCUGGAAUUCCAAUGUUUGGAAAAAACAAAAUUUAGAUUUCCAAUGUUUGAAUAAAGCCAAAAUUUAGAAUUUCAAUGUGUAGGAAAAGCCAAAAUUUAGAAUACCAAUUUUUGGAAAAGACGAAUUUAGAAUUGCAAUCUUUUUAAAAAGCCAAAAUUUAGAACUUCAAUGUUUGGAAAAAGCCAAAGGUUAGAAUUUCAAUGUUUCGAAAAGCCAAAGUUUAGAAUUCCAAAGUUGGGAAAAGGCAAAAUUUAAAAUUCCAAUGUUUAGAAAAAGCCAAAAUUUAGAAUUCCAAUGUUGGGAAAAAGCCAAAAUUUAAAAUCCAGUGUUUGGAAAGACCCAAAAUUUAGAAACCCAAUGUUUGGAGAGAAGCCAAUAUUUAGAAAUCCAACGGUUAGAAAAAGCGAAAAUUUAGGAUUCGAAUGUUUGGAAAAGCAUAAGUUUACAAUUGCAAUGUUUGCAAAAGGAAAAAUGUAGAAGUCCAAUGUUUGGAAAAAGCCAAAAUUUAGAAUUCCAAUUUUUGAAAAAGGCCAAAAUUUAAAAUUGCAAUGUUUGGGAAAGCUAAAAUUUAGAAUUCCAAUGUUUGGAAAAAGUUAAUAUCUGGGAUUCCAAUGUUUGGAAAAAAAAAAACUUAGAUUUCCAAUGUUUGGAAAAGGCAAAAUUUGGAAUUCCAAUGUUUGGAAAAAGUUAAUAUCUGGAAUUCCAAAGUUUGGAGAAAAAAAAUUUAAAUUUCAAAUGUUUGGAAAAGGCACAGUUUGGAAUUCCAACGUUUGAAAGAAGCCUAAAUUUAGAAUUCCAAUGUUUGGAAAAGCCCAAGUUCAGAAUUCCAAUGACUGAAAAAGGGGGAAAUUUAGAAUUCCAAUCUUUGAAAAAGGGCGAUAUUUAAAAUUCCAACUUUUGGAAAAGCAAAAAUUUAGAAUUCGAAUCUUUCGAAAACAGCGAAAUUUAGUAUUCCAGUGUUUGGAAAAAGGCGAAAUUCAGAAUACCAAUCAUUUGGAAAAAGGCGAGAUUUAGAAUUUCAAUGCUUGGAAAAAGGCGAAACUUAGAAUUCCAAUCUUUGGAAAAGGGAAAAUUUGGAAUUGCAAUAAUUGGAAAAAGCAAAAAUUUUGAAUUCGAAUGUAUCGAAAUGCCAAAAUGUAGAAUACAGAUGUUCGAAAAAGCCAAAAUUUAGAAUUCCAGUGUUUGGAAAAAAGCAAAAUGUAGAAUUGCACUCUUUGAAAAACGCCAAAAUGUAAAAUUGCAAAGUUGAGAAAAGGCAAAAUUUGGGAUUCCAGUGUUUGGAAAAAGCGAAAAUUUAGAUUUUCAAUCUUCGGAAAAGCCAAAUUUAGAAUUCAGAUCUUUGGAAAAGUCAAAAUGUAAAAUUCCAAUCUUUGGAAAAAGCCUAAAUUUAGAAUACCAGUGUUUAGAAAAAGUCAAAAUUUAGGAUUCCAAUAUUUGAAAAAAGCCAAACUUCAGGAUUCCAAUGUUUGGAAAAGUCAAAGUUUAGAAUUCUAAUGUUUCGAAAAGGCAAAAUCUGGGAUUCUAAUGUUUGGAAAAAGGCAAAAUUUAGAAUUCCAAUGUUUGGAAAAGCUAAAAUUUAGAAUUCGAAUGAAUGGAAAAAGGUAAUAUUUAGAAUUCCAAUCUUUGGAAAAAGCCAAAAUUUAAAAUUAUGGCUUUUCCAAACAUUGGAAGUCUAAAUUUUGUAAGAAAUUAAGGGUAAAAGAGACGAAAUUAAUUGUAUACGAGUCAAGGAUUCAUGCAUUUAUGAGUUCUGAGUCACAUUACUUUAAUCCUAACCUAAUCCCUAGUCCUACCUCUACAGAAAACCCAAAGCCUAACCAUGACCUCUAAUCUGGCUCGCAGCUUGACUUGUAACCCUUAGUGAAUCAUAAUUUUGAGAAAACAAGCUUUCUCCCUCGUUUGAACUGUAGCGACUGUUCGAGCGAUCAAGAUUUAAGCUUCUUACAUUGGUUUGCAGGUGACUCAUCUUGUAACAGAGGCGUCAACAGUGCAUGCGAUAUCUAAACAUCCAACGGUCGACAAUCACGACUUGACCUCACUAACCCAGAUAAUAUCAAGUUCUUCUUCGUUAAGCAAGAAGACUUCAAGAAACGUGAUCAAACGAAUACCUCGAUUGAAAAGAAUCAGUCAAUGUGAGUGAACCCUGUAUACAGUGGCGGAUCCAGGAGAGGGGCCCGGGAGGCCCGCCCCCCCCCUUGUUUUUACACCAAACUGAGGCCCGAGGGGCCGAAAAAAAGUUUUUUUGCGACUGCCCCCCUCCUCCCCCUUAUCUGGAGGUCUGGAUGCGUCACUGGUAUAAACACAUGACAUUAUCACUAUCCUUGUAGUCCCUUUUUAUUGUUCUUACUUCUUGUCCUUUCUUCUUAUUUCCUUCGCCUCCCUUCGCUUCGCGUCCUCUCUUUCUCCAGUGACAGUCCUUCCAUUGUGUCUUGUUUUUUUUUUGUUCAUUUUACUCUCAAUAUAAUUCAAUAUGAUUUAAGAACAGUCGAGGCGUGUGUGGCCGAGCAGCCAACACCUCGAACUCUGGUCGGGGGUUCAAGCCUCGCCCGUUGCGUUGUUUCCUUAGACAAGGAAGUUUACUCCACUUUGUCUCUCUUAACCCAGGUGUAUAAAUGGAUACCGGCGACAUACUGCUUGAGGGUAACCCUGCGAUGGGCUAGCAUGCCGUCCAGUGGGGAGUAACAAUACUCCUAGGCUUGCUUCCUGCUACGGAAACCGGAAAUAAGCUCCGGCCGUGUAGGCCUUUGGCUCGAGUGCGCCUUUACCUUUUUUUAUAAUUUAAGAACUCGCCGGGCAAAGUUCGUCUGGUUUGCCAACAGAUUUGUUCCUGAAAAUCUGUUUGAUGAUUAUGCGUUUUGCUUUGUUGAGUAUCUGAAUUGGAUACGUUCUCGAAAUUAGUUUAAUUAUAACCUCUAAAAAUAACUUAAGUGAAAUUCAGAUAUCCCGGCCAACGCGAACGCCCGAAGAUUCCCUUUCUGUCGCAUUAUUCUCUGUUAAUCUGACUUAGAUAAAUAAACUCAAAACAAGGCUCAUCUCCGUAAACUAUGUACUACUCAUGCACAUAUGCAAGUGCCGAAGUGAAGAGGAAUGUAGUGCCUGAAAUCUGAUCGUUAUGUUCAGCAGGUUACAGCAUGACAGAAUGCACUUCUAUUAGUCACAUGACCUCGCCAAUGGAUACAAAAGACGGAUCGGUAGGGGUUCUUCUUCCAAACCUUGAGUGUAAGGUAAAGUAAUGAUAUGCUUAUAAAGUGACAUGUCGGAAAUAGGUGGGAGAUGAAAAUGGCGGCUAUUUGGAAUUGUGAAGACUUUAUUACCGUGUUUUAAAUUCGCCAUAAAUAGCGCUGUGUACAGAUUCUAAAAGUAGUCUACGUCUGAUAAGACCCCCAGCAUGACUCAGACAAACUUUGCUUCUCACUCAAAGGCUUUGUAUGCGCGUUUACAGAGUGUUGAGUCAAAACAUUGUUUUUUUUCGCGUAUUUUUAUCAGGAUAUGGUAAACAACAAGCGUUACAGCUGGGAAGAAUGUGAGAGGGACUCAAGGAUCCCUGAAAAAGUGGUCUGAGUCACUAAAUAAAUGCGAGAAAUCCGGCAGGAAAGCGAAGUACACUGUGUUUUCUGGCAGUGAUCAGGCAGCCGGGAAAUGUUUUGAAAGUGUUAGAUACGUGACAGUCUUAAAUUUAUUCCAUUUUCACGAAUUCUCCGAUUUAAUUCUUCUAAAAACAUAAAAUGCUUCUGUAGAAAUCUCAAGCGAUUGCCCUUGGUUUGAGGUAGACUAAAUCGUCAACCUUGGGUAUUUUGUGAAUUCUCGUUGUUUUCAACACCUCAUCGGCGUGACGCACAGAGUCAGUUUUCAUGGUAUCCGGAAAAAUUAUCGUCCAAACCUGCCAGAAACAUUUGAUGUUUGUUCGCAAACGCCAAGCAACUCUAAAACAGGUUUGGUCUUGUAGUGGACGAAUUCCCCAAGCUUGAGCAUAUUCGAAUCUCGAGUCGCGGGGACGGUUUUCAGAAUACUGUAACCCGGAACGGCCCAGUAGUCUAAAUAUAAACUACGCAGGUCUCUCUGUUUUUCACGAAAAUCUGAAUUUAUCGAAUAUGUGGUACGACUACGACUCUUUCUACUUCGGCAAGGGAAUCAAAAUUUCUACACAAUCAUCGAACUUGAUGAGAAUUCUUUGAAAACAUUUAUCGCCUGGGCUGCAAAUAAGGUAUCGAGACACAGCGUUUAAAAGUUCUCUAAUUUUUCCGCUCUGCUUCAAUCCUUUGCACUUGAGCAAUGUUUUGAUUUGUUCUACAUUGUAUUUUCCUAAACUUUUCUCGAAUUUCGUAACUGGAGCGCUAAAACGACGAGCAGAACUGAUCGCAAACUCUGCGUUUCCAUACAGCGUUCUUGCGACCUCUACCAGUAAUGGCCAAUGUUUGUCUGAGUCUCGGUGGGGGGUCACGUUUUUGUGACGUCAUCUGUACCUAGCGCUAUUCGCAAUUAAUUUGUGAUACAAUAGAACCACUUAGUCUCAGAAUCGCCGCUAAAUAGAAUUCAGUUUUCUUUACCCUUGGCUUCAUUCUCAUUGAAUUUUACUCCCUCUUUGGAACCUUGAAUAAAUAGAAAAAAAAAAUAGAAAACUGAUCGGGUCUGAAUCGGGUCAAAUUGUGAUAAAGGGAACGCAGAUGUUUGUGAUAUCUUUCUUCCGGAUAAUUUUCUAUUGAAGGUGUGUGAUGUAACUACAGGUCAAACACUGGAUCGCGGACAAUGCGGUGAAAUUUGUAUCAGAGGGCCGACGGUAAUGAAAGGUGAGUUCUAUUGUACUGCCCCACUGGCACUAACGCAAUAACUCUCUUAAAACACGCCAGCAAAGUUCAGGUCCCGGUUGUUUAUAAGCGGAUAGCAUUAUUCACCAAAUAAAUAACUAUCCAGACUAUUAAAGAAACCAAUUAUGCUUUUCAUUGCAUAGAUAUUUUCUCAGUGAAUAGCGUUAUCCACCUUUGGAACAGAUCGAGUCACUUGCUGUGGGCUAACCUGCUUAAAAAGACCGAGGAGUUGACCUCCAUCUAGAGGCCAGGCGAGGUUUCAAUUUUAGCCCCUCCUUUUUGGCCGUUUUGAAGGUCAAGCGUGAGACUGAGUCGGUGUUGUGUCGAAUUACACUAUGGGACCGUUUUAUAGACGUCAUCUCCUCUUUUAUUGGCUGUUACGAGGUUGCGCAGGAAACUGGGUCGAAAUUCCUUCUCCCAAACAGUCCCAUAGUGCAAUUCGAUACGACACGGACCCAGUCGCCAGCUCAACUUCCAAAAUAUAGCCAAUAGCAAUUUUGCCUCCUUUCCCACGCAAGGCGACUGGACAGUUCUUACGACAACAACCGGAUGGUUCAGGGAAUAAAUAAAACACGGCUUUGCAUAUAACUGGAUCUUCUAGCAAUCAUUAGAAACCAAUUAAUCAUUAAUUUUCUUUUUAGAUAAUCUAAAACAGAAUAGCGGAUUUAAGACUGAAGGUUUCAAUUUAUUUGGAACCUAGUUUUUUUGAUUUUUUAAGAUUUAUUGGCGCAUGUGUUCUGCGGACUUGUAAAAUACUUAAGAAAUUAUAAAUAUAGAAUUCAUUCUGUACCUCUCACGCGCCCGGGUUUUCUUAUUUUCUUCAUUUUUCUUUAUCUCUUGGUUGCCUUCAGGUUAUUUGAAAAGCCAAGAGGCUACUGAUCUUAUGAUCGAUACAGAAGGCUGGCUUCACACGGGUGAUUUGGGAUACUACGACAGAGACGAACAUUUUUUCAUCGUCGACAAAAUGAAAGAUCUUAUCAAAGUCAGAGGGCACCAGGUGGGUCUUAACUUUCUUUCACAGACCCUCGACAAGAGAACAGAAAGCGGAAGCUUUCACUAGUUUACAGCGGUAGAAAUCUGAAAACUUGCACUCUGCGGGUCGUAGUAUAAAAUUUAAGUAGUAUAUGUAUGCUAAUGAAAAAUAGUAUUUAAAAAAACGUCACAAUUCCCUACUCCAGAAACUAUAAGGGAAAUGGCUACAAGCUUUCGGCCCAACGAUUUCUGGGAUCGUUCGGGUGGACAAGCGGUACUUGUGAUUGGUUAAUGGUUGCCUUGAGUACCAUCAACCAAUCAUAACUAAUGCUUGUCCACCCAAACAAUCCCAGAAAUGUUUGCACCGGAAGGUUGUACCCAUUUCCCGUAUAGUUUCUGAAGAGGGGAAUUGGACCGAAUGCGCUGCUUUCCGAAGGGUCAUCUUGCGACGAGUUCGAGAGCAACUGUGCAUUGCCCAGUGGUGAGAAAGCUCGCGCGGCCUGCCGUUGUGACGAAGGUUCAAAUACCGAAGGCGUGGUCAUAUGUGGGUUGAGUUCGUUAGUGGUUCUCGUCUUUGCUCUAAAAGGUUUUUCUAUGGGUGCACUAGUUUCCCUUCUCUUUCAAAAUAAGCAAUUUCACAUUCCAACUCGAUUAGGAAUGUGGUAAAAGAAGAACGAGUCCAUAUUCCAGCUCUAUCAGAGAUAUGGUGUUCGAAGAACUAGUAAGUAGGGUUGCUACUUCUGAAUUAUCAUGACGUUAUAACCUUAUUAUUUAUUAAUUAAUAUUAUAUUUAUUAUAUUUGUUCCCUCUAUUUCAACCAGGUUUCCCCAUCCGAACUCGAGGCUCUCCUCAGGGCCCACCCGGCUAUUGAAGAUGCAGCGGUUGUUGGAGUCUCAGACCCCCAGAUUGGAGAACUACCAAUGGCGUAUGUUGUAAGCAAAAAUGAGGACGAACUUACUGAAAUGGAAAUCAUGCAAUAUGUGGACGAAAACGUUGCACCGCACAAGAGGCUACGAGGUGGAGUGGAUUUUAUCUCAACAAUUCCAAAAGCUGUGAAUGGUGAAAUACUUCGAGCUGAAUUGAGAGAGAUGUACAAAAGAAACAAGUCGAAAAUGCAGGCACGAAGAGGAUCGUUGCCUUGGAAUGAGGAAAAACGUUGGUCUUCAAAGAGACACUCUAUAAUGGGUCCUAGCUCAAGAGCACAGCGUCAUGGUACAGUUUCAGAGGAAAUACCCAGAAAUGUGGCCCGAUCACAAAGUUGUGCACUUCUGUAA